UGGUACGUUUUACAUUAUUUUUCUUAUUCAGGUGCAAUAUGCAAACCAAGGGGUCGAAUCGUGGGCGGUGAACCCACGAUUAUAGAAAAUUUUCCACAUCAAGUCUCGGUGCGUAUAAAUGGUCGGCACGUAUGUGGUGGUUCUAUUAUAGGAAAACAGUGGAUAGUGACAGCAGCUCAUUGUGUAUACGGCUCAUCGGUAACCAAAACGUCGAUAAAGGCUGGUAUAUCAAAUUUGAUUGAGAAUGGGACGGUGAUCAAUGCCGUGAAUAUAAUCACACAUGAGAAAUACGAUCCUAUAACAACUGAUAACGACAUAGCCGUAAUAGAGCUGGAAUAUCCAUUGGACUACGACCGUUACGUAAGUCCCGUGAAUUUACCGUCGUCCGAUGAAAAGUACUUCAGUGGUCAAUUGGCCACAAUUACCGGUUGGGGAAGAUUCAGAUACAUCGGCACGCUUUCAUUGCAAUUGCGUAGAGUGGAUGUCCCAUUGGUGGAGCGAGCCUUGUGCGAAAAACUAUACAGUGAUUAUCUGAUCUCCGAAGGGAUGCUGUGCGCAGGAUACGUCCCUACCGGAGGCAAAGACGGUUGUCAGGGUGACAGCGGUGGUCCCAUGAUCAUCAAUAGGAAAUUGGUCGGAAUAGUUUCCUGGGGUGUGGGCUGUGCUGCCCCCAACCGUCCCGGAGUCUACACUCGCGUCACGCUUUUCCGAAAUUGGAUAAAAGAGAAAAGUGGCGUGUGAUACGUUAAUCCAAAAUCCAGUUUGCUAACUGUCCAGCUGUCUUAUCGAAGCCAUCUGAAUAGUACAGGCAUGGAGUAUCCUAUACGCGUAUUGUCAGUUACCAAGGUACAAGGUGCUACAGGGUGGUCAUCUUAAAACUGGAAUAUCAAUUUUGUCAAAGUGACCCAUAAAAAAGGCCCUGGUGGAAUUUCGUCCUAAAAUCAGCCACUUGAUGUAUUUAAUUUUUCAAUUGAAUUAAAUAUUUAAUUUUUCCUAUUUGUAUCGCCUUUUUUUUUCUAUUAAUCGAAAAUUUAAGGGGGUCCCCUGUUAAUUGAAUAAUAUUUAUGAUUCUAUAAAUAAUCGACACCCUAUA